AUGUCACAGGGGUUUUCAAGGAAUCUUCAGAGACAUAAAAUCGUCGAACAGGUCUUGGCCAUUGAGGAGUUCUUCAAGCAUAGGGUGUCAAAUGUAGUGUUUAUGGGAAUGGGUGAACCAACGUUAAAUCUGACGGCAGUACUUGAAGCACAACGUUGCUUGAAUAAGGAUGUGAAAAUUGGGCAAAGAAUGAUAACCAUCUCCACUGUGGGCGUUCCAAAUACAAUAAAGAAACUUGCUUCUCACAAACUUCAAUCUACCUUAGCUGUGAGCCUGCAUGCUCCUAAUCAGAAACUUAGGGAGACAAUUGUUCCAAGUGCAAAAUCCUACCCGCUGGAUGCACUUAUGUCAGACUGCAGAGAUUACUUUCGGCAAACCAACAGGCGGGUUUCCUUUGAAUAUGCACUUUUAGCUGGAGUCAAUGACUCGGUAGACCAUGCAGCAGAACUUGCUGAGUUACUCCAUGGAGCGGGCAGUGGAUAUCAUGUCAACUUGAUACCUUUCAAUCCAAUAGAGGACUCUGAGUAUAAGCGUCCUUCCAAGAGAGCAGUGCUAGCAUUUUCUGGCGCUUUGGAGUCUGCUAAAAUAACUGUUAGUGUUCGUCAUACAAGAGGGUUGGAUGCAAAUGCAGCUUGUGGCCAGCUACGGAACAAGUUCCAGAAAACUCCUCUGGUCACCGACCCUAUUGGUCUUGGAGUAAGCUGUUGAUUGCACAAUGUCUCUUUCUUGGCUGUUGAUUUUACCUACAUGCCUGUAUGUCAUACAUACAGUAACAAGUUUGCAGUAAGCAGUUGGUGAGAGGCUUGAUGAGCCAAAAGAUGAGCAUAAUAUCUACUAUUGUUAUGUAUGAUGAAGGUGUUUACUGUUGCUGCAUCAGUUGGCAAUUUUUCUGGAUCAUGUAGGCCUUGGAAAUUUUUGCUGGAUCAUGAUGGCUACACUGAGAGCAACACGUUAUGAAACAGCAGAGACUUAGACCUAAAAGGCAAAGAGGGAGAGAUUUUCCUAUGUGUCUGACCUCUUAUUGCUGUAAAAACAUGCUUAAUUUUCUUGUUGUAAGAUGCACACUUUCCCGGUAGAAAAUAACAGAGUAACAAUUUAAAAGUACUAUCUUGUUUUGAGAUGUACCAAAAUAUAUUUGUUAAUGAGGUUGUUUAAAUGAAGCAAAUUAGCUAUUGUUUAAUAUUCA